AUGGCAAACUGUUGUCUAAUUUUCACAGGGUUUCUCGCGAUCUUGGUCGCCAUUAUCGUUGGCAUGUACUUCAAUCGAACUAUACCAGAAGGAAUGCCUAACGAUCAGUUAACCGGUCUGCGAGUGCUGAGUGUCGCCUCGGAUAUCGUUCAAUUUCUGGGCUAUACAGCUUCACUGUUUAGGAUUGGUGACUCACCAAUGGAAAAUGAGAAAACAAUGCAGGGCUGGGCAAUUGCACUGAAAACUGCCACUAAAAAAGAUCAUGAUCAUGAAAGGUUCUUGGAAAUCAGAGAUGAAAAGAUAGCCAACAUUCCUGUUCGUAUUUACAAACCAAAGAAAAUUGAUGCAGGCAAGAAAUCAACUGGGCUUGUUUUUCUGCACGGUGGUGGAUGGACUAUUGGAACUGUUGAUAUGUAUCACUCAGUGAUUUCUCGUUUGGCUAAAGAAGCUGAUGUUGUGUUGGUGUCUGUUGAGUACAGAUUGGCACCCAAGUACACCUUCCCUGCCCAAUUCCAUGACUGCUAUGCUGUUGUUAAGACCUUGCUAGCCACCGGUGAUAAGUAUGGUAUUGAUACUAGCCGCCUUGUUGUUUCCGGGGAUAGUGCUGGUGGUAACCUAGCAGCAGCUGUAGCUCUUAAGCUUCGCGAUGAAGGGAAACAACAACUGGCUGCUCAGACAGUUCCACAGACACUGUGGCCUUAA